CUAAUUUAAGGCUUUUGAAGGGACAAGAAAUUAACAUCAUAUGAAACCAAUUUCCGGUGAAAUAAGACGCAAGAUCAAGCAAUUUAAUUGCCUGUUUUCAACACUGUGAAUUUAAUUUCAUCUACUUCAUUCACCAGUCUUGAUAUCAAAGCACUGUCAUGGAAGCAACAAAAGAUGUUGUUUGUGAGAAGCUAGACCAAGUGUUGUUGGAUUUUUUUGAAACUUUGUCACAACUAUAUCUUGAGCAGGCAAAGCUGGACCAGUCAAUGAAAUCUGGAUACCUAAAUAUGUCUAGAGCAAGAUACAACAUGGGUAUAAAAUCAGUUGGUAUAUCUCAGUGUAAUGAAAAUACAAUGACAGCCUCUCUCAAGGUUCAAGUAACUGAAGAAAAACAGUUGAUUGCUGCAGAAGGGGUUGAAAGUGAACUUGAAACUGAAUUAGCUGACCUUGACCUCAAAAGCUCAGAAGAGAGCUCAGGGUCUACAGUUAGACGAAGAAAUGUUAAAAGGUCUUCAGUGGAGGAUGAAAUUGAGCAUAUUGAGGAUGUGACACUAGACAGUGAUAAGGAGAAAGAAAUUUGUAAAAAUGUAAAGAAAAAUGGUGUUGCAAAGACAGUGGAUCCACUAAAAUGGUUUGGCAUUCUGGUUCCACAAUCUCUGAGACAGAGCCAGAGUGACUUUAAAACUGCUGCUCAAACAGCUUUGAACAUUGCUACAUUAAAAGUGAAACUGUCAUCUUUGCAAGAGGAAUACAGCAUUCUUCUUAAAACUAAAGAAACUUUACAGUGAUUCAUAUAUUUUACAGUAAUUUAUAUACUUGACAGUAAUUUAUAUACUUUACUUAAUUUCUAUACUUUACAGUAAUUUGUAAACUUUACAGUAAUUUAUUAACUUUACAGUAAUUUAUAUUCAGGUUUAAUUCUUAAGUUUCAAAAUGCAGAAUGCUUAAAUUUUAUUCAUGUCCAGAAAUGAGACCGUGUUUUGAAGAGUAUUGCCCGUUGAUUAUUAAGCCAGAUCGGUUAAAUUUGAUUGUUUCCCUUUACACCAUCUUAACGCGAGUAUCGACUUUUGUUAAUCUCUCUUAUCUUGAUAAUCUUGACCUUACACUGGUUUUGUUAAUUAGGGGUAUUGCGACAAAAUUGUGAAACUUUUUACACAAGCGGAGUUUAUACCUUGCCCGAGGCAAUUUGCAGUGUAUUCCUCAAAUUGGUGAUUUUGAAUGAUAAUCGGGUUUUUGUUUCAAAAUUGAGAGCCGGGAAGGAUAUUCCCAUUUUAGAUAUGUAUUUAAACUUUUGGUUAUAUCUUUUAAGGGCAAAAUAUAUGUGAAUCAUAAAUUAAAAGUUAAUUAAUCAAAAAAUAAUUUUUGAAAUUUAAAUAUUUUUAUUCAAACAUGUAAUUUAAAAUAACAGUUUUAACCAAAUUUGACAAAGACGGAAUUAGAUCAACGUACAUGUUUAUUACCUGAUAUACAUAACAUUCUUAUUUCUUCAAAUUGGUGAUUUUGAAUGAUAAUCUGGAAUUUGUUUAGAAAUUAAGUUUUAAAGCUUUCUUAAGAAAUAUAGCAUUUAUUUCCAGAUAUCUAUAAAAGUAUUUUUUCUUGUUGUCGAACGAUCUGGAGGAUAGUCCCUUUAAUUUUUGAAAUAUUUUUAUGAGGGCGAAAUAUAUGUGUAUUUCGGGUCUCCUUGAAAAUGUGUCUUUUCAAUUUGAUUUUUUUUUAAAUAUUACGGAUCCGUGGCCUAUAAAUGCAUUUUACUUUACAAUAAUGUGAAUUUGGAUUUUGAACUGUAAGAUAAAUUAUCAAAAUUUAUAACUCCAUAUCCAUAAUUUAGAUUUUAACUUUAAAGCGUUUAUGCAAGAGCCGUAAUAAUUGUCCCUUUAGGCCGCGGGGGAUGUCAGACAAACAGACACUAAUCCAAUUAGUAACGGUAAUAAACAGAAAUAUGUCAGCAUUCGGUUAACUUAUUGUCAAACACGUUAUUUGACUUUAUCAUACAUAUAUAAUCAUUCAAAAAGAUAAGAUAAGAAAUUUUUAACAAAAAUAUUAUAAUACUUACAAACAAGAAACAUGAAAUUUACACCCGACCCAAUGGACUUGUUAUAUUUACAUGUACAAUAUUCAAGUUUAAAUAUGAACAUGUAGUUCUAUAUGUUAAUCAACUUUAUGUUAAUACGUUUUAAUGCAAUAAAUAAUUCUAGUUGUGAAAAUGGUAUUAAAUGAAUUAAAAAAUGGAAUAUUUUUAUUUAAACACGUAAUUUGAAAUAACUUUAUUUUUAUUUAAUCUGGCAAAGUAAUGACAUUAAACACGGAAUUAGAUUGAUACACAUGUCUAUCUAAUUCAGUUUAUCCGGUGUCAUCAGUACACGUGUACUGUGACGGGCAAAAUUUUCCAAAUUAGUAAAAUCAGUGAUAUUCAAACGUUUAGGGAAGCAAGAAGACAUAAAAGUUAUUUAAAAAUAAACUCAUUGAAAGAAAGAUUAACUUUUCUAGUUUACUUCAAUAACUUAAUAAAUGUUGUGAGAUGAUUAUAAAUAUAAGAAUAAAUCAUUCUAAAAGACCAUGUAAAGCUUAAAAUCUGUCAUUUCCUACAGAAAUCAAUGGGACUCGGGAUCAAAAUUAGUUACUUAUUUCAAACGCUUCGGGAAGCAAGAAGAUCAUAUUUUAUUUCAUUAAAAAUUAUAUUGAAAGAAAGUGCAAAUAUUGCAGAUUACUUCAAUAACUUAAUAAAUAUUGUCAGAUGAUGCUUUUGAUGUCAUUUGAUGUGUUAAAGUUUUUCUCCUUCUAUAUUUCAAUAGGCGUAAAUUGACCGAUAAUGGCUAAUCGAUACACCCGAUAACCUGUUUUCAAGGGAGACAAUUUCGCCAAUAAGCCAGCAAAUUGGCUUAGAUUUCUUGGUAUGCUUAGACUGCGCAUAGACCUCUAAGAAAUGUUAUUUCUAUGUCUUGGUUAUGAAAUUUAAAUGUUGAAAUAAGGUUAAAGAAUAUUAAUAUUAAAC